AUGUCUACAAUACCAUUACAACGAGCACAAUCAAAGAAUAAGAAGAAAUCAAGAGAAGAGAGAUUGAAACAGACUCUAAAGAAAAAAAUUGAUAGACAUGCCGAAAGAAAAGAUUUAAUCGAUAAAUUAUUGACAAAUUCAAUGUCAAAUGACAAGAGAGAGUUGUUGAAAUCAUCGGCUACUCUUGGAAAGAAAGAAACAAAUAAGGAAUCACUUGAGAGAGUAAAAGUAGAAGAGAAAUUCAAUGUAAAGGAUAUAUUACCUGAAGAUAGAUACAAGAGGAAACCAAAGGAUAUUAAAACACCAUCGAUCGAAGAUGGUGAUAAUGUCGUUGAUCAAUGGGACGAUGUUGAAGAUGAUGAUUUAAUACAAGCUAAACAACCUGUUGCUGUUCCAUCAUUCUUUAAUAAGAAGACUAAUAGUAACAAUAAGAAGAAUAAUAAUAACAAUAAGAAUAAUAAUUCAACUGUUGAUAUACCAAAUACAACAACAUCAUUGGCUUCAUUGGCAUCAUUGACAAGUGGUGGAAACAAGUCAAAGGAAUUUAAGAUAAUUACAUCUUUAGAUGAUAUUGAUGAUGAUGAAGAAAGUAAUCAAUAUAAUAAUAACAAUAAUAGUAAUAAUAGUAAUAAUAGUAAUAGUGCUAGUAAUGUUGGAGAUGAUAGAUAUGUAAAUGAUGAUUUACCAAAGAAGAGAAGAGGUUUGGUUGUUCCAAAGAAAACAGCAGAUAAAAAGAGAGAAGAAAAGUCAAAGAAGAAGUAUUUCUUCUGGUCACAGGAUUCAAUAGAUAGAGAUUUCGAUGAGUACGACGAUGAUACAUUGGUUAGCAGCAGCAUUAGAUCAAAGACUGUUCAUAAUAAAUCUGACAAUAUCAUUGACAAAGAUGAGAAUGAAUUGGAUGAGAGCGAAGAUGAAGAAACUAUUAAUCUUAAAGGUAAUACUAGUGUUGAUGGUAAUACAAUAAUACCAACUACUACUACUACUACUACAGCAACUACAACCACAACAACAGCAACUGAAUCAAAGACAACCAAUAUUGAAAAGAAAGAGGAAACUAAAUCAAAUAAUAACAAUAACAAUAGUAAUAAGAAUGAUAAAAAGAAGAAUAAUAAUAAUAGUGUUUCAACUUUAAAGAGAAAGGAGAUAGAUGAAGAAAAAGUAGUAGUAGUUGAAGAGAAAGUUGAUGUGGUUGUAGAACAAAAAGGAAAUAAGAGAAAGAAGAAGGAUAAUAAUAAUAUCAAUGCUCAAAAGAUACAACAACAAGUAGAACAAAAGAUACAACAAAAAGAAAAAGAGUUGGAAGAACAACUGCAACAACAACAACAACAACAAGAGAAGGAGAAUGAUAAGAAAGAUGAAAUGGAAAGAUAUGCAUUGACUCUUGAUGAUUUCGGUAAAUUUGAAGAUGAGAAUAGAGAGUUUAUUAUUUCCGUACCAACUGGUAAUGAAAUACUUGAACAAAAGAUAAAAGAACAUUUGGAAAUGGAAACAGAUAUUAAAUUUAAUGUAUUCCAUGUACCAGUUGUAAGAUUACCAGAGGUAAUAGAGACUCGUGAGAAGCUACCGAUUAUGAUGGAGGAACACAAUAUCGUUGAGAAGAUCAAGGACAAUGAUGUUGUGAUUAUUUGUGGUGAGACUGGUUCUGGAAAGACUACACAAGUACCACAGUUCCUUUAUGAGAGUGGAUUUGCUCAUCCCGAUUCCGAUUUCCCUGGUUUGAUUGGUGUGACUCAACCGCGUCGUGUUGCUGCCGUCAGUACUGCCAAGCGUGUCGCUCACGAGUUGAACGUUGUCUUUGGUAAGGAAGUAGGUUACCAGAUUCGUUACGACCGUAAACUCGAUACCGACGUCAACAAGGUGAAGUUCAUGACCGACGGUAUCUUGUUGCGUGAGGUACAAACCGAUUUCCUACUGCAGCAAUACUCGUGUAUCAUCAUCGACGAGGCACACGAGAGAAAUCUGAAUACCGAUAUUCUGAUUGGUCUGCUCUCGAGAAUUGUACCGAUGCGUAAGAAGCUCUGGAUGAACUACAGGAAGAAUGGCGGUGAGCGAUACACACCUUUGAAGAUUGUCGUUAUGAGUGCAACACUUCGUGUCGAAGACUUUACAAAGAAUAGCAAUCUGUUUUCGUUGGUGCCACCUGUCAUUAAUAUCCCGACUCGUCAGUAUCCUGUGACUAUUCAUUUCAAUAAGAAAACGGUUUUGGACAACUAUAUCGAUGAGGCAUAUCGUAAAGUCUUGAAGAUUCAUCGUAGAUUGCCACCCGGAGGUGUAUUGGUGUUUGUCACUGGUCGUCAAGAAGUAGAGGAACUGUGCACCAAGCUAAGACGUGCUCAUCCAAUGAAGUCUGUCAACCGUUCAUUCAAAGAGGAGAACGACAGACUUGAAAAGGAGUUCAAAGAACUUGAAGAAGAGGAAGACAGCAAAGCGGAUACACAGAAGAAACAUAAUCAAGUAUACGGUGAUGCGGACAGUGCUGAAAAUCAAUUGGAAGACGAUAAUAACAAAGAAGAAGAAGAAGAUUUAGAUUAUGAUGAUAUUGAAGUGGUUGAAGAUGAAGAUGUUGAAGUGGAGGACGAUGAAGAUGAUGAUGAAGAUGGUGAAGGUAGUGAUCAAGAUAGUGAAUCAAAAGAAAAGAAAGAUGACGAUGAGGAAAUGGAGGGAGAAUCAAAUGAUUCUGAAAAGAAAGAGAUUGGACCUUUACAUGUUUUACCAUUGUUCUCAAAUAUGCCAACAGUCAAACAAAUGCGUGUUUUCCAAACUCCACCACUCGGUUCUAGAUUGGUUGUUGUAGCUACUAAUCUUGCAGAGACAUCACUUACCAUUCCAAAUAUCAAGUAUGUGGUCGAUACUGGUAGAGUAAAGGGACGUUUCUACAAUAAGGACAAUGGUGUUUCAAGCUUUGAGGUCACUUGGACAUCAAAGGCAUCAGCCGAUCAACGUGCAGGUCGUGCAGGUCGUACUGGUCCAGGCCAUUGCUACCGUAUCUUCUCAUCGGCUGUCUACAAUGAUCAUUUCGAACAAUUCUCAAAGCCAGAGAUCCUGUUGAUUCCAAUCGAUGGUAUGGUUCUACAGAUGAAGAGCAUGGGUAUUCACAACAUCACCAGAUUCCCAUUCCCAACACCACCUGAAGAAUCUGCCUUGAAGCUUGCCAUGCGAAGUCUAUGCUAUUUGGGUGCGUUGGAUAAGAAGAAUUUCGACAUUACCGAGCUUGGUCAGCUUAUGUCUACAUUCCCUCUAGCCCCGAGAUUCUCAAAGAUGCUGCUACUCGGAAGACAACACAAUUGUUUACAAUUUAUCAUUGCCAUCGUAUCGAUUCUCACUGUGAAGAAUCCAUUCGUUGGCGAUGGUGAUUUGGAGGACGAAGAAGACGAAACUCCAAAGCAAGACGAUGAUCGUGAUAUGACAGAGAAGGAAAUGGAGCAAAAGGUGAAAGAGGAGCGUAAGAGACGUCAACAGAGAAUGAAUAACAGUCUUCGUAAGUGGAUUCACAAGGAGAGUGAUAUUCUCACUAUUCUCAAGGUGGUCGGUGCCUAUGACUUCCAGAAGAAGAAAGAUCCAAAGUCGGUAGACAGUUUCUGUGAUGCCCAAUAUCUAAAUUCAAAGUCCAUGGGUGAAAUUUACAAGUUGCGUCACCAGCUCUCUGAGAUGGUCAAUUCAAUCUUUAUGGAUGAAGAACUCAAUUUGAAUAGCGAUAAUCAAUAUCAACCGUUGACAAUGAACAAGCCAAUGUCACCUCCCAAUGCAACCCAAGAGCUGUUCAUCAAACAAGUGAUUACCGCCGGUCUAAUUGACCAAGUUGCAAGAAUCCAUGAAGUAGCUACCUCCUAUUCAAUGGCGGAAUACCGUUCAUGUACAAACAAUGUUCCAGUUUUCAUUCAUCCAAACUCCAGUCUGUCCAAGGCCACACCAAACUUUGUAGUGUACUGCGAUGUCAUUGAGACAUCAAAGCCAUAUAUGAAAUUGGUCUCGGAAGUAAAUCCAGCUUGGUUGGCAACACUCGGUCGUCCAUUGUGUGCGGAUUUCAAGCCAUUGGACAUGCCAUUCCCCAAGUACUCUGCCAAGCGUGACAAAGUCAUCUGCUACGUCAAACCAUCAUUCGGUGUUCACUCUUGGGAGUUACCAUUGAUGGCAAUCGAUCACCCCGAUCCUAAAGAAUCAUGUCGUUAUUUCGCCAAAGCACUGUUGGAUGGUGUUGUAUUUUCACCAUUAACCUAUAUAAUUCUCAGACAAUUUAAAAUCAAUACCAAAGCAAAGUUGGCAGAGAAAUGGUUUGAAGAUCCUCAAUUCUUACUAAAGGAGUAUUUGCCUUGGGUGGAUGAAUCUAUGAUUAGUAUUGUUUCUUCUAUUUGGCCACCAUUUGAUUCUGUUGUUAUACCUGAAAUUUUGUUGGUUGAUGCUACAAGUAACUCUGCUUAUGAUACCGAUGAAGAGUUAAAUGAAGAUGAAGAUGAUGAAAUGGAAGAUUAA